AGAAUUGCUUCGGUUCACUGAUUAGAUACGGGUGUGACGUCAAAGAAAAUUGUUGUUGCACGGUUGUCGGCGACGGCGUGUGCGGCUCGAAGGACGAAGUGUGCGCCGGCUCAAAGUACACGGGGAACUCCAGCCUUCCGUGGGUGGGCCGAUGACGUGUCUCUGAGGGAAAGGAGGAUCUGCCAGCCGCUCUUGGGGACGCAGAAUAACGACGAAAACGACCUCUUUUCUUUUCUGGAAAGUGGCUCACCAGCCCUUGUAAAACUACAUACCCCGGUGACGGUGCAGGACGCGGAGUUGGUUUGAACUAGAUGCAAAUUAACAGAGCAUAAACGCGUCCGUUUUGGUCCGUUUCGGUAGGAUAUUGCGGCGGCCUUCGAGCUUUCCCCAAACUCCCCGAAUCCCAGAACGCUACUUCAACUCCCCUUUCGCCUCCAACUACCCAUUCCCUGAUAUGUCUCUCGUCCCUCAGUCUCUGUUCCUUCGAUUCUUUACACCUUCUUCCCACGCUAGACCAUACCCCCGACUUUUAGCCUGUCAUAGAGCCCCUUUUACCCACCACUUUCUCCGUGCCUGCUUUCUUAAUUCUGCUUCCUUCUCCAGAAGGCUGUCCUAAUGACACCACAGGAAAGACCGUAACAGCCGCAAAGGUCCCCAGCCAAUGGGCGGGAGCUGGUUCUGUUCCCCCAAGAUGGAGUCCGUGCUCUCCUUGGGUGACUUAGCGGCGUCACGUGGCGGCAGCGAUGUCAGGAACAGGAACCGCAGGUGCCGGAGCAGCAAGAGCGUGAGGGGGGAACGUGACUACUGACUCUCGCAGUCAACAUGUCGACUCCCACGGGUCAUGCGAGGCAUUCUUGGGCUUCGGGGACCACCUGCUCGUCCGCCUGCAGCUGGCACUCGUCAUGCUCCUCGCCCCUUGGUGUUGGCACCCACACCCGCCUAUGGGACAGCCCAGGCACCCACAGCCACCUCUGGGGCAAUCGGGGCACCCACACACCGAUGUGGGCCAACCCCGGUAGCCAGCCAUGGCCAGCCCUGGGCAUGGACGAGACGCCGUGGUCGCUACCACAUCACCUGGGGGGCGACGACGCCGGGGCGGGCCUGGAGGAGUCGCCUUGGUCUCUGCCGCACCACCUCAGCGCCGGUGGGACGCUUCGCCCCCAGGACACCACCACCGCCGUAGUGGUGCGGGCGGCGCGGGCGCGAAGGCCGUCCGUCUUGGCUGCCCUCCUCUCCCUCGAUUCCCCCGGGCCAGGCCUCUCCUUGACGCCCAUCCUUGGCGCCUACGCGACUGACCCCCCCGCCGCCCCUUCGCUCACCCUCACUGCCCCUAGUUCCUUCUUCUCGGGAUACUACGAGGAUGACCUUCCUCCUGCCCCAGGCCCCUCCAAGGCCAGCGGGAACGGCUGCGAGGGCGAGGUGUGCGGAGACCUGGAGGGCGGGGGCAUGUCGGCCAUGGUUCUGGCUGUGCCCACCAAGCUGGAAGCCCUCGUCAAGUUCUUGGCUCAGUCCCUGCACUUGGUGCUGACGACCGUGUGUUCCAGGAAAGCCCGGCGCAAGGACCGUGACAAUCCUGCUGCACUUGAACAGGAGCACAAGUUAUAUUUGGAGGAAGCUGUUCUUGAGAGGAAGAUACCUGAGACUGAUCUCAGGCAACUUGUAGAGUUACCUCCGGGACUUGGAUAUGAGGAGUGGUUGGCAUCUCAUACAAUCGACUUCUUCCAGCAUAUCAACUUGCUGUAUGGGACAGUGUGCGAGUAUUGCACGCUCAGUGGGUGCCCAGACAUGACGGGGCCCACCACACGACAGUACCUCUGGUUUGAUGAGAAGGGAAAGAAGACUAGGGUUGCAGCACCACAGUAUGUCGACUAUGUGAUGACAUUCACCCAGAAGACCAUCAAUGAUGAGUCCAUCUUCCCAACUAAGUUUGGUAAAUGUGAUAGAGAUUUAAGUUACCUGCAGUAGUUGUAAGGACUGGGA